AAGGACACCACUGAACAAGUUAUUGAGUAAAGAUCUCUAACUGCUACUUUGAACCACUCUUGAUGGUCAUCAUGCAGCUCAGACAUCUGUUUCCAGUGUUCCUUUUUCUUCAGAGGGCUACCAGUGAGAAUGUGCUGAUAUGGCCUGCAGAAGGAAGUCACUGGAUUAAUUUAAAACCAGUCAUUGAGGAGCUGAUCGAGAGGGGUCACAAUGUUACUGUGGUUGUAUACUCGUCUGCACUUUUCAUAAAACAAUCGGAGUCUUCAAGCUUAAAAUUUGAAGUGUUUGAAGUCUCAUUUGCCCCUGCUUCAUAUCAGGAGUUUCUGAAAGAAUCAACAGAAUUCUUCAUGUAUGAGAAGCCUUUUUUAUCUUACUGGGCUGCCUACAGAAGAUUCUCAGCAAUCAUGGCAAACGGAAUAAAACUGGCCAGGCAGGUCUGUGAUGGAAUAUUACAAGACCACAAACUGUUGCGGAAACUGCAGGAAGCAAAGUUUAAAGUUCUGCUGGCUGACCCUCUACAUUGUUGUGGUGACCUUUUAGCUCUGAAGCUAGGAAUUCCUUUCAUUUUUACGAUGAGAUUUUCCCCAGGAUUUUCAGUAGAGAGAUUUUGUGGGCAAAUCCCAGCCCCUCCUUCCUAUGUACCUGCGACUCUGUCAGAGUUUACAGAUAAGAUGACCUUCAUUGAGAGAGUUCAGAAUAUCAUUUAUUUUCUCAUGUAUGAUUUGAUGUGCAAUCAGAUGUGGAAUGAUUGGGACAUAUAUUACAGCAAAGUGUUAGAUGGUAGCCACUGGAUUAAUUUAAAACCUGUCAUUGAAGAGCUGAUCGAGAGGGGUCAUAAUGUAACUGUGACUGUGCAUACGUCCACAGUUUAUAUCAACUACUCUGAGCCCUCAUCCGUAAUGUUUGAAGUAUUUGAUGUACCGUUUACCCGUGACAGAUACAGAGAAUUCUUUAAUGACAUACUGCAUUUCUGGAUUUAUGAAAAAGCCAUUUUAUCCUACGGAGAUUUAUACAGAAGAUUCACAGAAAUGGUCAGAACAGGAACAGAACUGAACACACAGAUAUGUGAUGGAAUAAUAAAGAACCACAAACUGCUGAAAAGACUGAAAGAAACAAAGUUUAAAGUUCUGCUGACUGACCCUAUAAAUCCUUGUGGUGAUCUUCUGGCUAUGAAACUGGGAAUUCCAUUCAUCUUCACUCUAAGAUUCUCCCUUGGAUCUUCAAUGGAGAGGUUCUGUGGACAACUGCCAGCUCCCCCUUCCUAUGUACCAGUUGUCAUGUCAGAACUUUCUGAUAAGAUGACUUUUACCGAGAGAUUUCAAAAUAUUCUUUAUCUGCAGUUAUAUUCUCUGAUGAACGAAUGGUUUUGGCAUAACUGGGAUGCGUAUUACAGUGAAGCUUUAGGUAAACCAACAACAUUCUGCGAAACAAUGGGCAAGGCUGAAAUCUGGCUGAUUCGGACAUAUUGGGAUUUCGAAUUCCCCCGCCCCCUUCUGCCCAACUUUGUAUUUGUUGGAGGGCUUCAUUGUCAUCCAGCAAAACCCCUGUCUCAGGAAUUGGAAGAAUUUGUUCAGAGUUCGGGAGAGCAUGGCGUUGUGAUCUUUUCGCUGGGCUCAUUGGUUAAGAACCUUACUGCUGAGAAAGCUAACAUAAUUGCUGAAGCACUGGGAGAAAUUCCACAAAAGGUUCUUUGGAGCUAUGCUGGUGAAAAACCAAAGAUGCUAGCAUCGAACACAAAGUUGUAUAAAUGGCUGCCUCAAAAUGAUCUACUUGGACAUCCCAAGACCAGAGUAUUUAUUACUCAUGGUGGUACAAAUGGUAUAUACGAAGCUAUUUACCAUGGGGUGCCCAUGAUCGGAAUCCCUCUGUUUGCGGAUCAACCUGAUAAUAUGGCUCACAUGAAGGCAAAGGGAGCUGCUGUGGUUCUCAAUUUUAUCUCAUUGACUAAACAGGAUUUAAUUAAUGCUGUCAACACGGUGAUCAAUGAUACAAGUUACAAAGAAAAUGCACUGAAGUUAUCUCGGAUUCAACAUGACCAGCCAAUGACUCCACUGGAGAGAGCGGUGUUCUGGAUUGAGUUUGUAAUGCGCCAUGGGGGAGCUCAACAUUUGCGGCCUGAAGCACAUUCCCUAUCCUGGUAUCAGUACCAUUGCCUGGAUGUGAUAGCAUUUCUGUUUAUCUGUUUAGCAGCAAUUGUAUUUGCCUUAAAAAAAUGCUGCAUGUUCUGCUGCCAAAAAUGCAGAGGUACUAGGGAAAAGAAAAACAAGGUCGAAUAAUGGUCUUUCAUGAAUAAGGUGACAAAUUUAUAACACCAUUUAACUACUUUGGAAGUUAUAUUAAUGUGGGUUAAAUUACAUGGUGCUCUAACUACGCUUAAUCAAUCUAAGGAUAAAAAAAAAUCAUCAGAAUCAAUUAUCAAUUUAUUGAUAGUCAUAGCAGCAGGGACCCCAGUUCAAUUACAGCCUUGGGCAACUGUCUGUGUGGAAUUUGCACGUUCUUCCUGUGUCUGCGUGGGAUUCCUCCCACAGUCUAAAGAUGUGCAGGUUUGGUGAAUUGGCCAUGCUCAAUUGCCAGUAGAGUGAAGGGAUGUGUAGGUUAGGUGCAUUAGCUAGGGGAAAAUGUAAAAGUAAUAGGGUAGGGGAAUGGGUUUGGCUGGGAUACGGUUUGGAAGGUUGGUGUGGACUUGUUGGGUCAAAUGGCUUGUUUCCACACUGUAGAAUUAUAGAAUCCCUAUCAUUCAACUCCCUGCUGAAUCAUUCAUUGUACUCCAAUGUUGCAUCUGUCAAAUUUAAAAUUGUGCCUAAAAAUCAUUGGAUUUUAAACUUAAAAAAAAAUUCUGGGGGACAAGGGUGUCAUUCUUACUAACUUUGGAAAGAUACUUAUGAUUCUUCUGUGUGGUAAAGAUAUUGCUGGUAGGUCAGGACUUUCAGGAUUUUGACUCUGUGAUGAAAAAGGAAUCAAGAUAUAUGCUCAGGUGUGAAUGUUGUUUAGUAGUUUGAGGACAAGACGUUUGAAAACAUCUGUCCAUUUAUUAAUUUGCACAGUGAUAUCUCUACACUAGAAGAAAGAUUGGCAGGAAGUCUGCAUUAUGCUUCAGUGCUCUAACUAUUGAUAACGAGAAAUAUGCAAUCAUCACAGAUCAAAAUGUUGCACUGAAUUUGCCAGAUUAGGGCUUCUAAUUAUUCCUUCAUCAGAAAACUCCCAGUAAGUAUUAUGGUUAGUUCACCGUCUGUCAUUGCAGUUACACCUGCCUUGGUUUCCACAACCAAAAUAACUAACGGUGUGCUGUGGAUACAAGGUUUCCCAAUUUAAUGGUUUAAUAUGUGAUAGGUUACUUCACAAGGCCACAAAUUCAUCCUUCCACAGCACUGAGCUAAGAGAUUGAAUUGUAGGAACUGGGCAAGAGGAGGGAAGGGACUAGCGAGUAUUUGGCGGGUUUUCGCCACUUCCAUUAUGAGUACUCAACUGCACUGAACACACAUACACAACAUAUGUGUACACAAAUGUGUGUGCGCACACACUCUCAAAUGCAAAAAAACCCCAAAAAUACUCACUCACUCACUCACACCCUCCCUCUUACUACAUGUGUGCGUGAGUGCACACACACACACACACACACACACACACACACACACACACACACACACACACACACACACACACACACACACACACACACACACACACAACCCAAUUAACUGGUUUGCCAAAUGAUGUGUUGUUGCCAAGAUUCACUUUCCAUCUCCUCUACAAGAUAAACAUAAAAAAUUAAUAUUCUGCCAAACUGUGUAGUUGAGAAAUUUAACACACUCAGCCAGCUUAAAACAAUUUGGUAGAAAACCUUUUCAUAUGAGCUCUGAUGAAUACUCAUUUAGACUCAAAACAUUAGCUUGCUUCCUCUCCCAUGGAUGCUGCCUGACCCACUGUGAUCUCCAGCAUUUUUUGUUUUCAGUUCAGAUUCUGGCAUCUGCAGUAAUUUGCUCCUCUCAGACCUUUUACAUUGACUUGGCAGAUAUCUCCUCUGAAAGUCAACACAACCACCAUUGCAGCAGUCCCUCAGUACACCUCAAGAAACUUCAGCCAUUGAUGGGGCUUGAAAGCAUAACCCUAUGGAUUUCGGACAAGACUUGCCAGGCUUGCAACAAAGUCUGUAAAGCAUGGGCUAAAUGAUUGAUGGGUUAUCUCUGGGUGGUCAUUGGUUUUCUUCACUCAUUGGGCCAUCUUCAUUAAUAUUCAUUUCCCUUGGACAUGAUCUCUUCAAUCAUUUUACUGAUGGAAUGCUCCUGUGUUUGCAUGUAACGAUUUUUUAAAUAUCAGGCUUAGUUGGCGUUCUAUAAACUCCUAUUGACACAACUUUGAAACAUUAUUUUAUUUUUAGCAAGCAGGACACUGUGUUUAAAAUGGUGUUGUUGCAAAACAUGCUGCAUUCUCAAACAAAUUUGAGGAGUACUCGAGACUAGGCUUUACUAUAUAUCACUGUGAGGCAGCAGAAUUAAUUUAGCUGUAAUUCUAAAAUGAAUGAACUUAGGAACUUACUACAUUUAAUUCCUAAUCAGACCUAACUCAUAUUAUGAGCUUUAUGAAUUUUUUAAUCUUAUUUUUGAAAAACAUCCUUCAAAUUUGAGAGUGUGUCUUCUGCUAUCAGGUGGGGUAACCACUUUCCAGCCCCAUCCUCACUGUAAAAGUGAAAUAAAGUAAAUAUAGAUUUCUGUAUUACAAAUUGUUUUAAUAAUAAUUAAUAAAAUGAGAUUUUUCAAAA